UCUGGAAAUAUAUUGGAAUAUUGUGUUGGAAUAUUAUCUAUUGGAUUUUAACCAGAAUUGAUAAGCAACUAUGUUAAUUACAGAGUUUUUUGAAAAUCAGGAUAUAUUCAUAACUGGCGCUACAGGCUUCAUUGGUAAAGCCUUGCUGGACAAAUUAUUACGUUUAUCACCAAAUAUUGGAAACAUUUACGUGCUUAUACGAAGCAAAAAGGGAAAAAGUGUUCAGGAACGUUUAAAAGCGCUUUUAGAAGCUCCUGUAUUUGAGAACUCUUGGAAAGAGCAGCCGCAGAAUAUAUCGAAAGUAUAUGCGAUCGAUGGCGAUACCACUAAGUUAAAACUGGGUAUUGGUAAUGAUGAUAUGGAGAAAUUGAAAAAUGUUUCAAUAUUAAUACAUGCGGCAGCUACUGUAAGAUUCGAUGAGCCUCUACAUCCUGCUAUACUUCAAAAUACACAAAGCACCUAUGAAAUUAUAAAAAUUGCAGAGAAUUUGAAACAGCUUAAAGUUCUCAUGCAUGUAUCGACAACAUUUUGCAAUUCUAAUCAUACUGAGAGCGAUGAAGAGGUUUUUCAGGCUUGUGCGGAUUGGCGAACAACAAUAAAAUUAGCUCAAACUUACGAUGAAGACACGUUGGAGACCUUAAGUUUAAAAUACAUCAACCCAUCAGCAAAUACCUAUACAUUUACGAAAAACUUAGCCGAGCAAAUCAUAAAUGAGUACCGUUACAAAUUACCAGUAGUAAUCUUUAGACCAUCAAUAGUUUUGCCUGCUCUUAAAGAACCAUUGCCUGGUUGGAUAGAUAAUUUAAAUGGUUAUAUAGGUCUUAUGCUAGCCUGCUGUUUGGGUAUCAUGCGUACUAAUUAUAUUACACAUUCAAUUAUACACGAUCAAGUACCGGUAGAUAUGGUAGUACGUGCUAUGUUAAUAGCAUGCUUUAAGAAGGGAUAUCUUUCGAGAGACGAUAACAAUUUAGAUGUUUAUAACAUGGGCUCAAAAGACUACAUACGCGUAAAUUUAAAAGAAUUUGUUAUAAUAGCUGAAAAAGAAUGUAAAAAAAAUCCAUUUAAGAAAACAUUAUGGACUCCUGGCGGAAAACCGACAUUAUGUCCAUUUACAUUUGUAAUAAGAUAUAUUUUCCUACAACUUUUGUUGUCAUAUCUGGGAGAUAUUGGUCUGCGUUUAUCUGGGCAGAAACCAUUCCUUUUUAAAUUGCAACGACGCAUUUUUGUUGCAAAUAACGCAAUUAGUUAUUUUACAAAUAGAGACUGGAUUUUUAAAAAUGACAAAUGCAUAGCUUUGGAGACUAUAAUACCAAAAUCGGAAAUUGACAAAUUUGGCUUAACGGAAUACUUACAUCGAAAUGAAGGUAAAAUUAUCGCUACUUAUAUGCGCGGCUUGAAACUAUUUUUAAUGAGCGAACCUGAAGAAGCCAGUAAAGGGACUUGGAGACGUUUUAAAAUCUUAACGUAUACCAAUUAUUUAUUACAAUUUUUAACUGUUUUAAUAGGAAUAAGGUUUCUCAUAUAUUUGCUUUUUUUGAAGUGUUGCACAGUGAACGUACGGUUUAGAUUUCAUAAACUCCGAAAGAAUAAUAGAAGUACUGGAAUUAUGUCGAUUAGAAAAUUUUUUAAAAAUCAAGAAGUGUUUAUAACCGGUGGUUCAGGUUUCAUUGGAAAAGCAACGAUCGAGAAACUAUUACGUUCCUGUCCCAAUGUUGGUAAUAUAUAUGUCUUAAUGCGUAGUAAAAAGAAUCGGAAUCCUGAAGAGCGUUUACGUGAUAUUUUAAAAUCUGCACUUUAUAAUCGUAUAAGACAAGAAAAUCCACAAGUUUUAAAAAAAGUAAUUGCAAUCGAGGGAAAUUGUGCUGAAUUGGGUUUGGGUAUAAAACCAGAAAAUUUGGAGAAAUUAAGGAAUGUCUCCAUAGUAAUUCAUUCAGCAGCAAGUGUUAGAUUUGAUGAUGCUUUACGCGAUGCUAUAAUUUUAAACACACGCGGAACUCACGAAUUAAUUAAGAUCGCAGAGACAUUGAAGAAUCUGAAGGUGUUUGUGCAUAUUUCUACAACUUAUUGUAAUCCGGACAAGCAAGUAGUAGAAGAGGAAGUUUAUCCAGCUUUCGCAGAUUGGCGCACUACUAUAAAACUAGCAGAAACAUAUAAUACUGAAACGUUGAAUAUUUUAAAUUUGAAAUAUAGUAAUAAUCAACCAAAUACAUAUACAUUCACAAAAGGAUUAUCUGAACAAAUAAUUAAUGAUUAUAAAGAUAAAUUACCCUUAGUAAUAUUUAGACCUUCAAUUGUUAUAUCAUCGCUAAUUGAACCUUUUCCUGGUUGGGUGGAUAAUUUUAAUGGACCUAUUGGACUGCUAGUCGCCUGUGGUACCGGCAUAAUGCGUACAAUGUAUGGUGAUCCAGAUAUUGUUUCUGAUUUUGUACCUGUAGAUAUUGCAGUACGUGCACUUUUGAUGGCUGCGUAUGAUAGGGCCAUGGAACCGCAUGAUAUAAAUAGAGAAGAUAAUGAUUUGAAAGUGAUUAAUUGUGCCACGGCUUCAGUUUGUCCCAUAACUACUGGUCAAAUUAUUGAAUAUGGCAAAGAGAUUGUUAAAAAAAAUCCAUUUGAUAAAACAUUGUGGGUACCAGGUGGUAGCAUAACACGUUGUCCUGCUUGGAAUUUUAUACGGUUCAUAACAAUGCAUGUAUUUAUGGCAGUAUUGGUGGACUCAGCUUUACGUUUCUUAAACCAAAAGCCCUUCCUUCUUAAAGUACAACGUCGUAUUUAUAUGGCGAAUUUGGCUUUACAUUAUUUUGCCACUACCUCAUGGGUGUUUAAAAAUAACAACUUGAUUGAAUUAGAUGCAAAUGUCUCGGAUGCUGAAAGGUCCCUUUUUCUACGCAGACCCAAUGGAAACAUUGCACGUCAAGCUCUGAGAUGGAAUCCUCAAGGCAGUCGUCGACCUGGAGCGCCGGCUAAAACUUGGAGAAGAACAAUUGAAGAAGAACUACCAUAA